GCAGCUGGGAGACACCUCAGGAUAAAGGUUAACGGGCAUCUGGACAGCAAGGGAAGUGCCCAGGCUGAGAGCUGGCUCACCUGACCAGGCCACACCCCACUUCCCCAAGUCCCCCCCACCCCAUCCGCCCUUCCUUCUGCCUGGGAGCCAAUGGGGGCCUCAGAGGCAGGCAGCCAAGAUCUGAUAGGCCGGGACCCUCCUGACACACACACAGACACAGACACAGACACACACAGAGACACACACACACAGAGACACACACACACAGAGAGAGAGAGAGAGAGAGAGAGAGAGAGAGAGAGAGAGAUUCAUCAGUGGCCCUAUCUUCCUUGCAGAGCCCUGGGCAUGUGGAGCUACCUGGCCCUGCUGCCUGCCUUCCUGGGCCUCUGGGCUGCCACCACCAUCUGGACUGUUUUCGCAAUCGCCGUGACCAACAAGACUGUGAACCUGACGGAAGGCAUCCCCUAUAUCAGUCUCUGCGGAUCCUACCCGCCCCAGAGCUGCAUCUUCAGCCAGCUGCUCAACAUGGGAGCUGCUAUGGCCGCCUGGAUCUGCAUUCUCCGUUACCACCAGUUCCGGGACUGGGGCGUCGGGAAGUGGUUUAACCGGGUGAUCCUCUGUUCAGGGCUCCUCUGUGCCUUAGGCACCUCCGUGGUGGGCAAUUUCCAGCAAACGAACCAGAUGGCCACGCACCUGACGGGCGCCUUCCUGGCCCUCUUCGUCGGCCAUGUCUACUUCUGGCUGCAGCUCCUUCUCUCCUGGAGGAUGAAGAGCCUGCCGCAGCCCGGGGCCCCGUGGAUCAGGCCGCUCCGUCUGCUCCUCUGCAGCCUCUGCACUGUCCUUUUGGUGACCAUGGUCAUCCUCCACAAAAACCUGCAGCGCUCCGCCGCCGCCGUCUGCGAGUGGGCCGUGGCCAUGCUGCUCUUCCUGCUCUUCGGCCUCCUGACCGUGGACUUCUCCGGCCUGGAGGGCUGCACCCUGUGUCUCCGGCCUGGGCCCAGCCUCAGCCUGCAGCCCGCCUCCCCCAUCUCCCUGCAGACCUCACCACCGCCACUGGCCCAGGCGCUCUGACCCCGGCCUGGCCCUCCCGGCAGAGGACAGAGACCGGUCCCGGACUCCUCCGUGACCCCCAGAUGCAUCGCUGGGGACGAACCUUCGGGGGUGAACCGUUGGGAUGGACUUUAAAGAACUUGCCAGGCACCGGCCAGUGUUGCUCAAUGGUUAGAGCGCUGGCCCAGGGACCCAAGGGUUGCCGGUUUGAUUCCGACCAAGGCCAUGAACCUGGGCUGCACGUUGGAUGCCUGGCCCCGGCUGGGCGAGUGUGAGAGGCAACUGGUCGAUGUGUCUCUCUCACAUCGAUGUUUCGCUCUCUCUCCGCUCCCUUCCACUCUGCGUAAAAGCAAUGGAGAAAUAUCCUCGGGCGAAGACUGCCAACAACAAGAGAGAAUGUGCCAUGGCUGCCCGGCCUGGCCUGGGACCGAGUGGUGCACACGUGG